AUGAACGACCCGUUCUUCGACGAGGAUGACGGCGAAUUCGACGAUUUGUACGGGAACCCCCCUCCGGCCGCGUCGUCGCCUGCUACGCAGCGGAAACCGCGCAACUCUCCGUCUCCAGCAGCGCAGCCAUUGACCCCAGGUAGUCGAUCGCUUGCUCGCAGCCCUGCAGCCUCCAGCGCCGUCUCCAGGUCGUACGCGAGCAAUGCGACGGACUUGGCAGUCUCUGGGAAGCAGGACAAGCGCCGCCGGAAGCACGGCAAGGCGCGCCGCAAGGACAGCCAGGAGCUGUUCGACGUGCAGUGGCAGUCGGACGUCGCGGUGAGCAGGUGCGGCCUCUGCAGGGCGGACUUCUCGCUCAUGCGGCGCAAACACCACUGCCGCCACUGCGGGCGCGUCAUGUGCUCGGACUGCUCGUCGUUUCUGUUCUUCGAGUUCUCGCACAGGAAGCACCGAGUGUGCUCCGCGUGCAACAACCAGCUGUUGGCGGAGCAGGACGCGUACGACCGGGAGACGCUCGCCAAUGGGCGGGAUACGGCGUCGAAUUUGUUCGACGACUCGACGGCGCUGUUCGAUGGUGCAGAUGACGAAUGGUUUACUGACGUGCCGGGUCAGCGGACACAAUCUUGGGGUAGUGCUGACGACCAGAGUGAGGAAGGAUCGAAGGGACCUGGGUGGAGAGAUCGUGUAAAGGAUACGUAUACCGUCACGCCUGAUCAACCAUCAGUGCUUGCACCGAUUGCUGGCAGCAGACUGACUGCUGGUAUCACGGGCAAUGGCUACAUCUCUGAGCAAUUUCGAUAUGACGAUGUGGGGGGACCAGGUCUUGGUCAUGACGACGACUCGACCGUCGAGAUGCCGAGGCCGAAGCAGCAGCGUGCUACUAUGACCCACGCGGACCACAGUGCCAAGCCCAGUCAGCUGAGUGGCAACGGGUACUUCUCCGAGCAAUUUAAAUAUGAUGAUGUGGGUGGGCCCGGGCUUGGCCAUGAAGACGCUCGCUCAGUUGCUAUGCCUAGGCCAAAACAACAGGCAGUUGAUGCUCCCUACAGCUACGAUGCCGUGCAGCCCGACAACCUGAAGGACAUUUUCAGCGGGACCAAGCACCAAGAGCCCACAGAGGCGAAGAAAGAGAAGAAAGCCAAGGCUAGCAAGCCUCGUGCUCGAGGAGACCAAAGCAUGACGAUGGACGAGCUGAAUCCGUCCUAUUCGUCGGAAGAUGAGUCUCGCCUGCCCGCGUCUGCCAUGCCACGCCCCACGCUCACUCCUGCUCAGCCUACGUUUUACGACGACGAUGCCGACAAAUUGGUUGUUGAGAACUCUCCAGGGUUCUUCGAAGCAACCAUAGCGGAGCGAGAGGCGCAGCGCAAGAAGAAAGAGGAGCAGCAACAGCAGCUUGCGAAGGAUAUGGCGUGGGUAAAUGGUUCGGCGGUGCCUCCGACAGUGCCAUCGCACCGGUUCUCUAGCGAGCAAGACUCGUACAGUAUCGUGGAUCCUCCGUCACAUACGUCAAACUCUCCGGUUGAAGCUCAACGACGUAGCCGGACUGCAAGUGAUGGUGCUGGGAACAAAAGCGCAAAGGGUGGGCUCACAGGCGCACUCAAGCGGUUCUUCGGUAUGGGAUCCAAGGCGACAGAGAAGCCUACCACGCCACCGAAACCUGCUCCGAGCUACGAUGUACCCCAGCUAAAGUCUGAACGUAAGCGCCGAGGUACGUUUGACGAUCUUUUCGAAUCGCCCAAAAACAACGUAUCCACUUCUGCAGUUGGAGUUGCUCGCUUCGAUCAACGACGGUCUUUUGACGAAGGUGAUGGCAUGUUGCUAGGGGCUGGACCACCAUCUGAUCAGCCCGCUGCUCGCUCACUCAACGGUCCUGCUGAGACGUGUAGACAAUCUACAGCGACGUCACUACUGGAUGAUCGGGUAGACGCAUCCCAGUCGGAAGGUUCUGGAUUUACGUGGAGCAACGUCCGAUCCUCUCCUGGCUUUGGAACCGCCACAUAUGCUGUGCCAACGAGUCUUCAACCUCGUGCAGUCUAUGAUGAGAACCGGAAAUCGUCAUUUCAUUACGACGCGUCUUCCGCUCAAACAGCACCAGUUGGAAACAUUAUGGAUGACUUGAAGCGCAGUUCAACGGUGAAAAAAGCUCAAGGCAAGGAGUCUGUUGAUGAUUUCUUCGCCGAGUUUGAAGAGCCGAAUGACUAUGUGUUUGACCCUGCAACGGGUGGAUACAUCGCAGCACGAAUUCCUCCACGCGCGGUAGCUGCUCGGUCUGAUGGUGGGGCUGAAGAAGUUGAUGAUGAGGUGGCGGAAAUCAUUGUCGACAAGAUUAGUUCUUUGGAGAGCGAGCUGGCGGCGCUGAAGCAGCUCAUUCGUACUCGGAAAGGAGUUGGGGGUACCAGUCACGUGGCUAAGCAACAUCACAGUGCUACAAGACCGAGUGCCCGAAAAGAGAGCAUUUUUGACAACGACAGCAGCGAUGAGGAGAGUAGCAAGCCAGGUGAUCCGUACGCUAUAUCGAUUCAGCCAGCACCAAAGCGGGAAGGCAGGAAGAGACCUGGUAGCAAGAAGAAGCACGUCAAGAAGCGCAAGGAUUCGUUUGCUGAUCUAUUCGAAGACAGUCCGAACGAAGCAGAGACUCUCGGUGGUGCAACUAGCUACGAAGCUCUUUUCCAGACUGGGGCAACGAGAAGCGGGGCUGGUCAAGAAGAGGCUAGCGACGACGAGGAAGAGCUUGCCCCCAAGCCAGGAAAAGCCAAGAGCAAAAAGUCAAGACGUCGGUCAAGUCGCAAAAUCAAUGAUGUCGUGGCAACUAAAGUUGACUCGGACAGUGAACCAGAGUUUGCGUCACUGAAAGGACGGCGUGGGAAGAAAUCUUUCUCGAGACGGGAUACCAGCGAUGAUGUGGAGAACGCUGGGACCCGAUUGAUGCUCUGUUCGACACAUCUGAUGACCAUGAUGUGGCUAAACUCUACGGUGGAGAUAACGCCAACGCUGAAGACGCCGACAGUUCUGCGGUGA